AUGGGCGCCAUCACCAGUGAAUAUGGCAGCGUCGGGGAUAUAGGUUGGUACGGUAGCUCGUACCUUUUAACCUCUACCGCACUGCAGCCACUAUACGGCAAAAUAUACCGGAUCUUUGACAUCAAGUACUCAUUCCUAGGUGCUAUCGCACUCUUCGAGCUUGGCAGCUUGGUCUCGGCCAUGGCGCCCUCUUCUACAGCCUUCAUCAUCGGACGAGCCGUAGCGGGGAUGGGCAGCGCAGGCUUGUUCUCCGGCUCAAUCGUCAUUAUCCUACACUCUGCCUCUUCGGAGACGACCUCUCUGUUUGGUAUGUUCGGCUGCAUGUGGGGCAUAGCAUCCGUUGCUGGACCUCUGCUCGGGGGUGUUUUCACGGACCAUCUCACCUGGAGAUGGGGCUGUGGUAUUGAUGCCGGCGAUCAUUAUGUUACUUCUCGCGCUCCAGUGGGGAGGUUCUCAGUUUCCGUGGAGCGACCGACGUAUUAUCGGCUUAUUGCCGGUGCUGGUGCCAUGGCCCUGGUCUUUAUUGGCAUCGAGCAUUACCAGCAGGACAAGGGCUUAUUGCCUCCGAGGUUCUUCAAGGAUAGAAACUUGCUAUGCGCUAUGCUGUUUGCCGCCUUCUUCGGGGCCUCGUUCUUCCCCCUAAUCUAUUAUCUUUCCCUCUACUUUCAAGCUAUACAGGGAGACAGCGCCGUCAAGGCAGGCAUCAAACUCUUACCCCUCCUUAUAUCCGUAGUCAUCAGCUCGAUCAUCUCAGGUGCUCUUAUCACCGCCACCGGCUACUAUAACCCAUUUAUCUUAGUCGAGAUUGCCAUGGUAGCCGUCGGCGCGGGACUAAUCACGACCUUGGAUCUGCAUACCCCCUUUGCCAACUGGUUUGGGUACCAGGUCCUCGACGGGUUGGGCGUAGGCGUCGGAUUUCAGGCCAGCGUCAUCGUAGUGCAGAACGUAGUUUCGAGAGAGCUGGUCCCGCAGGCUACAUCGUGCGUGCAAUUCUUCCAGUCUCUCGGCGGCGCCCUCUUCAUCGCCGUCGCCCAAACCGUCUUCCAAAACGGCCUCAUCAACGGCCUAGCCCGCGACGCGCCACACCUCGACCCCGGACUCUUCACGCACAGCGGCGCGUCCCAAGUCCGACAGGUCCUAGCAUCGAUCGGCCAAGAGCGCAUGCUCGACGCCGUGCUGGGCGCUUACAUGCGCGGCCUGCGGCACACGUAUUACAUCUCCGCAGCCGCGGCGACCGUUGCGUUUCUCGCCGCGCUGGGCCUCCAGUGGAAGAAGAUCGAGAAGAAGGGCGAUGGCAACACGGCUACGGCCGCAGGCGAGAUCUGGAGGGCGUGCACGCCGGCUGCUGAGUUUGAUACGUAUUAUGAGGGCGCGGGCGAGUUAUGUGCUGCGUCGAAGUUGCAGAAACGUCGACGGGGAUAUCCUUAA